GAGAGCGUAUCAGUUUGACAACACAUUCCAAGACAAAUUUUAGAUAUGACGGCACAAAACAGAAUUUGUAUGUGUGUUCUCAUUUUUACUGGUCGAGUCUUGUUGUCAGUUGGACUAUCAUCACAAACACCAGAAAGUAUUGAAGAUUACACCAAUGGAAUACAGUGCAAGACUUGGGAUGCUUCUUUCAGUAAAUGCAAAGAGUGUCAUAGUGGAUUUUUGGGAAUAAAUUGCAUGCCAUGUCGCUACCCUAGCUACGGAAGGGACUGUCAAAAAAAGUGUAACUGUAAUGAAACUGUCUGCAAUCCAUCGACUGGAUGUGAAGAUGGCUCACCUACACUUCCACCGAUAUCGACCUCACUCAUCAUUGAGAAGAUCUCUGUUACUCAGAUUAUGACUUUGAAAACUACUGCAGCUUGUUCUGUUGGUUACUUUGGAAGUAGCUGCGAUAAACCGUGUCGAUAUCCAUCAUUUGGUUUCCAUUGCCAGUCUGAGUGUAUUUGCAGUGAGGAAAAAUGUGACCACGUAGUAGGUUGUAAUGCUGCAGAUUGCCCUGUCGGUUUCUUUGGAAGUAGCUGCGAUAAACCGUGUCGAUAUCCAUCAUUUGGACUCCAUUGUCAGUCUGAGUGUAUUUGCAGUGAGGAAAAUUGUAACCACGUAGUAGGUUGUAACGAAUCGUCUAUAUUCUGUAACUUUGAGGAAGGCCACGAAUUACAAGCUUUGGUGUAUAGUACAGUGGCGCUAAGUGUUUGGGCGAUUAUUCAAAUCAGCAUCUAUCUAUAUUUAGCAUUGCAUUCUUCGUCAGCAAUUCAAUUAAAUAUAAGUUAUACGUAACGAAUAAAUAUGACGAAUUCCCUUGUUUACAUAGAUUAUGCAAUUCCAGUUUGUAUAUGUCAA